AUGGAGGGCCUCUUCUUCAACGUGAACAACGGUUACGUCGAAGGCAUUGUCCGUGGCUAUCGGAACAGCCUGCUGACCAGCCCGGCAUACAACAACCUGACGCAAUGCGAGACGAUUGACGAUCUCAAGCUCCAGCUCGGCCCUGCGUACGGCGACUUCCUCGCCUCGCUACCCCCAAACCCGUCCACGUCCAGCCUCGCCUCCAAGACGACCGACAAGCUCAUCUCCGAGUUUCGCUAUGUCCGCGCCAAUGCUGUCGGCUCGCUGGCGACCUUUAUGGACUACGUCACUUAUGGCUACAUGAUUGACAACGUUGCCCUGCUCAUCACGGGCACGCUGCACGAACGCGACACUCGCGAGCUGCUCGAGAGAUGCCAUCCCCUCGGCUGGUUCGAGACCAUGCCCGUCCUCUGCGUCGCAACCAACAUCGAGGAGCUUUACAACAGUGUGCUCAUCGAGACGCCUCUCGCACCCUACUUUAAGGGCAGCUUGAGCCACCAGGACCUCGACGAGCUCAACAUUGAGAUUGUGCGCAACACUCUGUACAAGAACUACCUCGAGGACUUUUACAACUUCGUCAACACCCAUCCUGACAUGGCCGGCUCCCCCACCGCUGAAGUCAUGUCCGAGAUUCUCGAGUUCGAGGCCGACCGACGAGCCAUCAACAUUACCCUCAACUCCUUCGGCACCGAGCUGAGCAAGGCAGACCGUAAGAAGCUGUACCCCAACUUCGGUAAGCUCUACCCCGAGGGAACCUUGAUGCUCUCCCGCGCAGAGGACCCAGAGGGCGUACGUCUGGCCGUUGAUGGUGUUCACGACUACAAGACGUUCUUUGAUGCCGCCUCACUCGGCGGAUCAUCCGGUCCAGGCAACAUGGGUGGCGGCUCCUCCGACGGCAAGACCCUCGAGGACAUGUUCUACCAGAAGGAGAUGGAGAUUUCCAAGAGCGCCUUUACGCGGCAGUUCACGUAUGCCAUUGUGUAUGCCUGGGUAAAGCUGAGAGAACAGGAGAUUCGCAACAUCACCUGGAUCGCCGAGUGCAUAGCACAGAACCAGAAGGACCGCAUCGGAAACUUCAUCAGCGUCUUCUCAUGA